UAUCGAGUAAUGUCAGUGUGACACUCUCCGGAACCAACGCAAAUGCCUUUAAUACGCAAAACAAACCGAUGAAAGUGUAUUGAUGUCUGCACUAUUUGGCUUUUAAUCAAAUUAAUUUGGCGAACAGUUGUAUCCGAACAAUCAAGAGAGUAGCAAGUGGCGCUAAAUACCAUACAUGCCACUAAUAAACCUUUCGCUAUUAAGGGUGGAGAAUAAAUAUUCAAAAUAUAUUAUAUUAAAUUGUACCAAGUGAACACUAUUGGUAUUCGUGGCGUUUCUAACAAAAAAUGUUUAAAUAAAUUGAAUAUUACAAACAUAUUUUUCACAGAAAAUUUGCAGUUAAAUAAUGUACAAAUGUCUUCCGACGAGGAUGCAAAUAUGCUCAACUAUAGUCAAAUCAAUUUUCCCGAAGAACGUAUAUGGACACAUAUUCCCGACUGGGAGAUAACGCUUAAGGUCUCCACAUUUGUGCCGGUAAUCAUUUUCGGCUUAUACGGUAAUUUCGUCAUACUACAGCUGGUCGUUAUGAAUCGUGCGCUACGCACGCCAACAAAUAUGCUUGUGUGCAAUAUGGCAGUAGCCGAUGUGGUGACACUUUUAAUAUGUCCGGCUAUGUUUAUGAUCAAUGAUUUCUAUCAGAACUAUCAACUGGGUUCGAUAGGUUGCAAAAUGGAAGGUUUCAUGGAUGUGGCUUUUUUUAUAACCGCCGUUUUAAAUUUAUCGGCUGUCAGUUACGAUCGGCUAACAGCUAUCGUACUGCCGACGGAAACACGCUUAACAAUGUGGGGCGUGAGAUUUGUAAUUGCCUUCACGUGGUUGGGUGGAUUUUUAAUAGCUCUGCCGUUAGCUUUAUAUAGAACGUAUAAGGUACGUCUGUGGAAGAACUUCAAAGAGAUGUAUUGCAAAGAGAACCGGAAUAUCUUACCCAAAUAUUGGUAUGUUUUAAUUACGGUUAUGGUAUGGCUGCCCCUGAGCAUAAUGCUAAUUUGUUAUUCAGCUAUUUUCUUCAAGCUCGAUCGUUACGAAAAGCGUGUACUUAAGCGUGAACAUCCACUGAGUGUAUCCUAUAAGAGGACUGUUGCCAAAACGCUCUUCAUAGUGGUGCUCGUUUUCAUUGUGCUGCGUUUACCAUUCACAAUUUUGGUUAUUUUACGCGAUCAAUACAUAGCCGCAAAUGAUAGUUCUAUAAAUAUUAGUUUUCGCAUCUUCUGGUAUAUAUCACAAUAUCUAAUGUUUCUGAAUGCUAGUGUGAAUCCACUGAUCUAUGGAUUUAACAAUGACAACUUUAGACGCGCUUACGAUCAGACGCCAUUAUGUAAGUGUUUUAAACGGAACACCAACAAAAUACAGUCUAAUAAAUCUUACUGCUGCAACGGCUGCAUGUGCUUUAUGAACAAAUGGUUUAAACUGAUCUGUUGUUGUUUUAGUUUAAGAGCGAAAAAAACUUUCUCUUUCACUGGUGAUGAACAGGUUCAGAAUACGGAGUUGGCGCGUAAUGCAAGGGCGUCGGUAGUGGUUGCGCCAGUGCUGACGAAAGAGACGAAUGUGCACGAUAUACAAAUAACAUAUAAUCGCUUCGACAAUGAGGGUUAUCACAAUAAUGUUGUAGGCGAGGGUUUUAUAUGAUUAACUAUACUUAUGUAUUGCAUUAAAGAAAAAGAAAUAUGUUGAAAAUAUUGUAGUAACUCUAAUAACUUUCGUUUUUGUUGUUGCAAUGCAAUUGUUAAAAAUAACCACAAAAUAAAAUAUUGCAUGCAAAAUAUACGCAACUUAGUAACUACUAUAGUUUAUCAAUUAUGUUAUAUGUAUUCACUAAAAAAUAACUGUUUAAGUACUUUAUUGUCAACCAAAUGUCAUAAAGCGUUAAUAAAUCAUAUAUUCUUCUUGUAUGGCAAGAAAAAUUAGUGCAGCGUCGUUUUUCGUCCUAUUUUAUGGUCCAGCAAUAUAUUAUGUUCUCAACUGGCUCGCUUAACGGCUUGGGUUACAUUUUUCUCUUUUGCAAAUAUUCCUUGUUUGUAUAUUUCUUAAUAUAUGUAUGCAUCGCAUCAUCAUUUAACAGUUACAAAAUCGAUUGUCUUCGCUAUCUGGUUAAGCCGAGCUUUACACAUUGAUAUAGCGUGCAUAUAUACACAUACUUAUAUGUAUAU